AGCUGGGGGAAGAGGGGGGAGGUCGCAGCGCGGGGUGGGCGGUGUUAUGGUUGCGGUCGGCUCGGCGCGCGGUGCGGCGGCCCUGGUCUCGACGAGCAGGCGCAGGAAGAGGGACGUUCCGAGCUUGCCGUGGGCAAUUUCCGGGUACUGGGAAAAUGGGCGCGGCGACGGAGAUCAGACACGUGGCCUGCAGAGGGGGGAUGGAGGAAGAGGAGAGAGCGGAGGACAGGAGUUGACUGCUGCUGGGAGAGGGGGUGGUGAGGUGUACGGGAAGUGGGGUGUGAGGGAAGGGGUGGCUGGGGCGUGGGAGGGGGAGGAGGGGGCAGAUGGCCAUGACGUCGGGGAGAAGGGACCGACGAUGGGCUAUGGAGGUGUAGGUGUAGGUGAUGCUGAUGGCUAUGACGGUCUGACGAUGGGAGGGGUGGGGUCUAGCAGGAAUGGGGUCUGCGCGCCGCCGCAGCAUGAGAAUGGAGGUCGUAAUUGGCGGGAAGAGGGGGGGCAUAACGGCUGGAAGGGGGGCUGUCGAGAAGAAGAAGAAGAAGAAGAAGAAGAAGAAGAAGAAGAAGGGGGAGGAGGAGAAGAAGAAGAAGAAGAAGAAAAAGAAGAAGAAGAAGAAGAGGAGGGGGAGGAGGAGGAAGAGAGGGAGAGGGAGGAUAGGAAGGGCAAAGGUAGCAGCAGGAGGACUGGCCAAAUGGCACUCAGGAGGAGGAUGCAGGAAGAGAGAGGGUGGCGGCGGAAUCACUUGGGCGCCAGGGUAAUGGACGCUGCGAGUAGACCGGCGCGAGCAGCAGGAACAGGCAGGUGGAGAAAUGGCUGCUUUCCCGCGUGGGGAGCGGAGGCACAUGAUGACGUCAACAAUGAUGAGGUCGGCGGGAGCGAGGAGAAGGAGAAGAAACGGAAGAGGAGGCGGUUGGAUGGUGAGGAAGACGGCGAUGGUGGUGGUGAUGAGGAUGGGCAAGAAGAAGAAGAGAAGGGAGAGGAGGAAGAGAAGCGCGAAGACACGUUCGGCGGGGCGGAGGAAGCGACGGCGCAAGAGGAAGGGGAAGGGGAAGGGGAAGGGGAAGAGGAAGGGGAAGGGGAUGGGGGGGAAAGGGGGCUUGCGCAGAACUGCCCCCCCAAAGAGGAGGAGGAGGAGGAGGGGACGAAGGCGACAGAAGAGAGCGCGGGAAGGGUGACCAAUCAAGAAGCAGGGGGCAAGGGGGGGAGGGGGGGCGGAAGGGGGGCAGGGGGCGGAAGAGGAGGAGGAGGUGCGGGUGUCAAGAAGAGGAAAUUGCCGGCGCAAGCAGAGCCAGGGGUAGAGGCAGGGGUAGAUGCAGAAGAAGCAGCGGCGACGAAGAGGCCGAAGAAGAAGGGUGGAUGGAAAAGAGUAGGGAGAAAAGGGGCGAAGAGGGGCAGUGGAGGGGGUAGAUUGGUUGGGGGAGGAGCGGCGGCCGCUGUGGCAGCAGCGGCAGGAGGAGGAGGAGGAGGAGGAGUAGGGGCUGCACACCCUAAUGCUGAGCCUGGGCAGACCGGGGACAUGGUGGUGUUACGCCCUGCGCCGAAGUAUCUGAUCGAGCCAGAGGAGAAACCUGGAGUCGGGAUCUCCUUCUCCAAAGUACAUAAGGCCUCGCAGAUUCAACUCAGUGGAUCGGGCAUGAAGGCAACGAGUUGGAAAGGGUACAGAAUGGUACGGGCUACUAGAGGGGUCAUAUCUGGGUCGUGGUACUUCGAGAUCAGGGUCGAUCAUUUGGGAGAGACGGGCCAUGCGCGGGUAGGGUGGUGUAAUUUGAAGGCUGACGUGGAAGCGCCAGUCGGAUACGACAAAAAUGGGUAUUCUUAUAGGGAUUUGGAGGGGGUGAAGGUGCACGAGGGGUACAGGACGGAGUACGGGGAAGCAUAUCAGGAAGGGGAUGUGAUUGGCUGCAUGAUCCACUUGCCAAACGGGGAGCAAUACGCGCCCAAGCCUGUGCAAUUGGUGGAGAGGAGGGGUUGCCUUUACGUGAUAGAGACCGAACCAGAGCCGGAAAUGGUGGUCCCAGACAGUAAGAUCAUCUUCUUCAAAAAUGGGGUGUUUCAAGGAGUGGCAUUUGAGAACAUCACUGGUGGGCACUACUUCCCGGCUGCAUCGGUGUUUACUCUUCCCUCACAGACAGAAGGAUGCACUGUGACUCUCAACUGUGGGCCGCGGUUUCAAUGCCCACCCCAGAUACCAGAGCACAUUGUGCAGCCACAGCCAAUGGCAGCCGCCCCCAAAGUACCGCUGACUGUCAGUGAUCCAGGGGAAACGACAGAAAAUCAUUCAGGGGAAGGAAACACAGCAGCAGCAGCAGAUGCAAAUGGUGAGCAGAUUGAGGGAAAUGGGCUAUCAGGUCCUGCAGUGCCAGGGUCUAAUGCAAUGGGGGAGAUGACAAGAGUGCGAGAACCAGCAUCACACGGAGGAACUGGCGGUCAGGAAGGAGUGGAGGUAGGAUCGAAUCGAUGUGUGCGCAAUAGAGAUACCAGGAACGGGGCUGAUGAUGCUGUGCCUUCGAAGUCGGUGAAGAAGAGGCGGCGAUGGACGUGCGACGGCAUGGAUGUAGAAAGCAAGGAAGGAGGAAGAGUGUAUGAGAACGGAAGCGGUCAGGGAGAAGCAGAACGGCAAUCGAAGGGACGAGGUUGUCCUUCCGGAAUUGUGACUGAAGACCUCUUUGCGAGGAGUAGAGGGCUGGCAUCAGGCUGGAAUGGAGGAGAAGUGCAGCCAAAUAACGGGUUCGAGGGCACUGGGUCAGGUCACCCGGGGUCGGGUGGCGGCAAUCCUUUAUGGAAUGAACAACCGAACAUGGAAGUGGGAGAUGUAGGUGAUGAUGGCAGGUCAAAUCUGGCGAAUGUUGGUUCGAUGUGGGCGCCGCCAGUUGUGAAAAAGGAACAUGGAAAUGACAUAAUGAGGCAGCAGGGUAACCUGGACACGUCAAAGGUUUCACAGAUGUGUGUUGUUUCAAGGACUGUGCAAGGCCAGGUGCAUGGAACGGAAAGGGUGAGGGGAGUUAAAAUGGAGGCGGGGGAAUUCCUGGGACAAGUACCCCUACCAUGCGAGGAAAACGGAAUGGGACAGGAAGGUGGGCAGGGAAGAGGGACCCGGGAAGGGAGAGGAAGGGUGUCAGGGAGGGGAAGGGGUAUGCAGAGGGGGCAAGGCAAUCCCGUAGCAUCGAGGACAAGUUUAGCGAGUGGGAGAGGGAGGGGUAAGGGGAGAGGGCAGGCGAGGGGCAGGGGAAAAAGAACUCAUACGGACGUAAUGACAUCGAGAAUGACCUGGGAUAGAGGGACCGGCAGGGGAAAAAUAGUACUGCAAUGCGGCAGAGGGUGGCCAGGCAGUCUGCCGGUCAAUGGGGAGUACAAUGGUUGGGGACCUGCUCAGGCUGAGGCCAACAACGAAGUGGCUCCAAGGCAACAUGGUUGGUGAGCAAACGGGCGGUCGAAUGCCAACAGGCUGCAGGGGAACAACAUUGGGAGAGGGAGGGAAUGACAUCCAAUCCUAUUUCGACUCUGCGAAUGUGUUCCUCUGGGGAAUUAUGUGCUUGGAAGGGGGGCAUAAACUCAGCACCAAGGGGGAUGGAGAGGGCACAAGCUUGGGAAAAGAAUCAGCGCGUGCCGGUCAAAUGCCCCGACCAGAUGGAGCCGAACAGCCUUGGGAGAGAGGGAGAAUGGCAUCCAAUCCUAUUUCGACUCUGCGGAUGUGUUCCUCUGGGGAAUUAUGAGCUUGGAAGGGGGGCAUAAACUCAGCACCUAGGGGGAUGGAGAGGGCAUAAGCUUGGGAAAAGAAUCAGCGCGUGCCGGUCAAAUACCCCGACCAGAUGGAGGCGAACAGCCUUGGGGGGAGAGAGAGGGAAUGGCAUCCAAUCCUAUUUCGACUUUGCGAAUAUCUUUCUCUCUGGGGAAUUUUAUGCUUGGAAGGGGCACAAACUCAGCACCAAGGGGGAUGUAGAGUGCAUACGCUUGGGACACGAAUCAGCGCGUGCCGGUCAAAUGCCCCGACCAGAUGGAAGCGAACAGCCUUGGGAGAGAGAGUGAAUGGCAUCCAAUCCUAUUUCGACUUUGCGAAUAUGUUCCUCUCUGGGGAAUUUUGUGCUUGGAAGGGGCACAAACUCAGCACCAAGGGGGAUGGAGGGGUCAUGAGCUUGGGAAAGGAAUCAGCGCGUGCCGGUCUGAAGGUCAUGGGCCAGGUGGGAGGUGCGGGUGCAUGUCCAGCUCCAGCUGGGUUUUGUGCACAAAAUAAAAGAGUUCGUAGUCCCGUUAGAUCCAAACCUCUCGUUAUUCAAAGUUCAAAUCUUUGUUUAUCUGACUGUACGAGGCUGUAUCAUAGCAUGGAAGGAGACAUUGGAUUCAUCAAGUGAGAGAGAGAGAGAGAGAGAGAGAGAGAGAGAGAGAGAGAGAGAGAGAGAGAGAGAGAGAGAGAGAGAGAGAGAGAGAGAGAGAGUCCAAAUUGAGUGGCCACUGUUUUUUUUUUUUCCCCCCUUUCUGGAAUGCGACGGAACCAAGUGAAUGGGCGUUCCACGGCUUCACUCCGACUUGAAAGAAGAUGGAGGGAAUGACAUUUUUCAUUCGUUCGUAGGGUAAAAUUAUGUAAUAAAUCGUUGGAUCCUAG